AUGUCUUCAUCAACCGAGCAGGACCAACUCAAACAAUCCCUCACCGCCACCGGCGAGCCCUGGACCCCAACCCUCUCCUCCCUCUCCAAGCUAGAUCCCACCUACCUCCGUGCCUACACCAACCUCCGCUCCGUGCCCCGCAACAAAAAGGCCCUCCCCCUCAAAACCCAAGAACUGCUCCUCCUAGCCAUAGACGCCGCGGUAACGCAUCUCGAUCCCGCCGGCGUGCGUGCGCACACUGCUGCCGCGCUCGCCGCUGGCGCCACUAGGGAGGAGAUCUUGGAGACGUUGGAGUUGAGUAGCGUUCUAGGGGUUCAUGCUGUUACGGUUGGAGUUCCGACGUUGAUGGAAGUUUUGGCCGAGAACGGCGAGCCGCCUUUACCAGACGAAUUGACCCCAGAGCAGCAGCAAUUGAAGGAGGCCUUCACGGCCAAACGCGGGUACUGGGGCACCUCCUGGGAUCCGGUUCUGCGACUGAGUCCCGGGUUCUUUGAGGCGUACACGGAGUUUUCGAGCGUGCCGUUUGAUGCAGAGCAUGGGAAACUGGACGCGAAGACGAAGGAGUUGGUGUAUACGGCGAUUGAUUGCUCGACGACGCAUCUGUAUCAGCCGGGUUUGAAGGUGCAUGUGAGGAAUGCGGUCAAGUAUGGGGCGACGAAGGAGGAGAUUAUGGAGGUGUUUGAGCUGGCGAGUUUGAUGGGUGUGAAGACUGUUUUGAUGGGGGUGGAUGCUUUGAACGAGGAAGGGAAGGGGACGUGA